UUUCCAGAUUUUUUAUUCAGUUCUUGUUCCUGCAACCACUGGCUCAGCGUCAAAAUGGAGAGGCUCAUUAUAAUGGGUUAAUGGAUCCCAUAUGCAGUGAAUUUUUCAAAGUGCAAUAGGCUAGAAAUGGUGAUACAGAGAAUACAUCCUGAUGCCGCCCCUCCGGAUGCCAUCCGUUUGACAGAGUCUGAGGCUUUUCUUGUCCAACGCCAGUUUCUCUGGGACUAUAGCCCCAAGAGUGAUGUGUGGGCAAUCCGUAUUGGUCCAGCCCUUACUGGUGGAACAGCUGCUGCGACUGGCCUGAUCAUCAACAACCUAUACCGCCGGUUCUUGCGCCUGGGACAUCAAGGCCGGUUCGCUUCUUAUGCUCCGGUGACUGUUGCAUCAGGUCUUGCUGCAGCUGGGCUUCAUUACUUUUUGGUGAUGAAGGAUAUUGUCCUUGAGAAGCCAUAUUGUGUAGUGUGUUUGGAGACAAGGUCUACAUCAUUGCAGGUGGCUGCUGGGUUCCUGUAUCCACUCAUCUUAUGCCCCUUCUCAGCUCUCAGGUUGGCUCAUGGGUAUCAAACGUACCCAGUUCCACGCAUGUGGGACGAUUGGGGGGAAGUUACGCGACUGUGGAAGAAAUUCUCUAGGCCCUCCAUCCCCUUGUUCACCUUCCUCUUCUUUGCCAAUGCUAUUGUUGGCUUGAGUCUCCCCUAUUUCCAGGCCAAAAACAUGGAGAAGGUGGCAGAGACAACCCAGAAGGUGGUGGAACGAUUUGACCAAAGGUUAGCUGAUGCCACUCUUGCACCUUCCAAAGAGCCCCGCCUCUUACGGGAGUCUAAACGUUAUGUUCCCUCGAGUUGACACGAGUCUCCAGUUUCUAUCACCUAAUCGCAGUUUUGCCAUAUUGUUAGUCUGUGUAGUUCAGUGUACAUGGAGGAAGUGAUGUUGUGAGUCUGUUGAGUAUAUGUGAAGGAAAUGAAGACAACUGUGCUUUUUCCUGCCAUUGUGGUACUUUGCCUGAUGAAGCCUUUAUGAAUUACUUCCCCACCAA